AUGGCGCACGCACAGCGGGGUCGGCGGGGCCCUUCGUUACGACACUGCCUUGACCAAAGACAAUGGCACUCUAGAAAAGUCUACUUCAAAGAGUUGGCACAAUGAAACGAAAAGUUUUCAAUGAAACAAAAAGACCUCAAGUCAAGAAUAGCUUGCUCAAUGGUAUGUAACACCUGGCAUGUUCUGCUACAAGAGUGUACUCUUUACACAGAGCUCGACUUGACUAAAGCUGGAUUUGAAAUCAAUGAUGUCGUUUUCUGCAACAUAUUAAGACGUUAUAAAUUUUUCCUUUACCAUAUAAAAAUGGAAAACUGUGAUAGUGUUUCCCCUAAAAUUUUGGAGAACUUGAAAGAUUGUAAGAAUCUUCAAGAUAUUGAUUUGUCAGGAUGUAAUGUGAGGUCUCAUUUGCUCCAGCAAGUAGGCGUAAGCUGUCCCUUUGUGGGCUAUCUGAAUCUAGCAAACAGCAAGUGUGAUGAUACCUGUUUCGCUAAUAUUGCCAAGUACUUCCCUUGUUUGAAAUACUUAGACGUCUCUUAUUGUGUAGACCUAACUGAAGCUGGGUUUUAUUAUCUGGUGAUAAGCAAGUCUCUGAGGACACUUUCUCAUUUGAAUCUGUCUGGGUGUCCAAGUAUAAAUGGAAAUUGCUUGGCAAACAUUGGCCAAUGUUGUGUUCUUCUCAACUCACUUUUAUUAGACAACAUACCAGGCCUAACUGAUGAUUGCCUUUCUAAAUUGGCUGCCACAUGUCAAAGACUAAGGAUUUUAUCACUAAUACAAGCGAUUAAAAUAACCGAUAGAGGGCUGAAAUACAUUGCUACUAAUUUGGUUCAGCUUGAAAAGUUUUACUUUGAAGGGAACAGAUUUGUUACAGACAGUGGUGUUGCUGAAAUAAUGGGAGGAAGAAACAUGCACCACAUUCAUCUUGUCGAUUGUCUCAGAGUUUAUGACACUGCUUUAAAACCAAUUGCAAACUCUCGAACACUCACAGUCAUCAAUCUGACAGACUGUGUCCGACUGACAGAUGCAGGCAUCAAGCAUAUUCUUGAUAGUCCUGCCGCUCCUUACCUACAAGAACUCAGCCUGACUAAUUGCAUACGAGUUGGAGAUAAAAGCAUCCAAAGGCUUGUGAGCUGUUGUCCAAAGUUGGCAUACCUCUCUAUUGCUUACUGUGAAAAUGUAACUGAUGUUGGUAUGGCCAUGAUUGCCACUCAUCCCACCCUUAGAUUGCUUGAUGUUUCUGGCUGUUCCAUCACUGACUAUGGAGCAGGUUAUCUUCGUCAAUGCCAAAAACUUGACUAUUUAUCAAUGGCUGAAUGCAAUCUCAUUACAGAUAUCGGUAUAGAGCGAAUGGCAAGUCUAGAAAACUUGAAGUAUUUGGAUAUUUCUUACUGUACUAGUAUAUCAGAUUAUGGUAUGAAAAUGCUAAUUUUUGAAAACAAAUGCUUGACACAUUUGAACAUUGGUGGUUGUAAAUUGAUAACUAAUACUACCCUAACCAGCAUGGCCAGUGUUUGCAUUUACCUGGUCAAACUGAAUAUUUCAGAGAUUAAAAACGUAACAGAUAAAGGAAUCAGAAACCUUCGUGUUGGUUGUAAGAAUCUUAAGUAUCUUAAUGUUUCUUACUGUCCGAAAUUGAACUAUGGUAGCAUUGCUAAGUUUAUUCAACAUGGAUGUACAGUGGUUCAUACUUUAAAUGUAGGAUGAUGUUUUAUUAGCUAGAUGCUCAAUUUCAUUAAAUCUUGAAUUUUAAGGCAAUUUAUGCCUUAAAAGAUGCAAUACUAGUUUACUGUUAUAUUGUAUAGUGAAUUUUAUUUAAUGUUAAUGAAUACAGUGAUUUUUAUAAUGUUAUUAUCAUGAUUUUUAUGUACAGAAGAUUGUUAUGAGUGUGACUGUUAUUAUUGAGAUCAAGAAUAGUUUAUGACUUUUUA